GGCGCCGCGCCUGGCGCUGGCCGCCGGCCUCGGCUCGCUCCUGCUCGUCCUCUUCUACUUCCAGAGCAGCCUCAGCCCAGCCUCCGAAGAUAUGAGAUCCACCUGGCAAGGCAAGGCUGGUCGCAGCCCACUCCAGGCCCUAUAUGAGAGUGACCAGUUUGAGCAGUCGUCCCUGCAGGCUGUUCACCAGCAGAGACGGGAGAUGUUGAGCAACGUCUGCAACCGUUACACCCGCAAGCGGCGUCUCCUGCAGCCCGAUGACUUGCGGCACUUGGUGGUGGAUGACACGCACGGGCUGCUGUACUGCUACGUGCCCAAAGUGGCCUGCACUAACUGGAAGCGGGUGAUGAUGGUCCUGACGGGGCAAGGCAAGUACCAGGACCCGCUGGGAAUCCCCGCCCACGAGGCGCACGUCCCCUCCAACCUGCGCACCCUCUCCGAGUACAGCGUUCCCGAGAUCAACUACCGCCUGCGCAGCUACCUCAAGUUCGUCUUUGUGCGGGAGCCCUUUGAGCGCCUGGUCUCGGCCUAUCGCAACAAGUUCACGCUCAGCUACAACACGGCCUUCCACAAGCGCUACGGCACCAAGAUCAUCCGGCGGCACCGGCAGGAGCCCAGCGACCGCGCCCUGGAGCGUGGGGACGACGUGCGCUUCGAGGAGUUCGUGUACUACCUGCUGGAUCCACGGACGCAGCAGGAGGAGCCUUUCAACGAGCACUGGGAGCGGGUGCACUCGCUCUGCCACCCCUGCAUCAUCCACUACGACGUGGUGGGCAAGUAUGAGACCUUGGCCGAAGAUGCUAACUACAUCCUGCAGCUGGUGGGGGCCGACACGAGCGUCAAGUUCCCGGCUUCGUCCAAGACCACCAGGACGACAGACGAUAUGACAGCCCAGUUCUUCCAGGACAUUAGCCCCUUCUACCAAAGGAGACUCUUUAAUUUAUACAAAAUGGACUACUUGCUGUUCAAUUACUCCAUCCCUUCAUACCUCCGCAUCCGAUGAGGCAGGGGCUGUGGGGGAAGAGGUGAGGGAGAGCUGGAUAACUCUCAUCUUGCCACAGUUCCUCUCCUCCUCCUACCUUGUGCUCAUCUCUUGGUUGACUUCUUCCCUGUGCCCUUUUUUUAGGGUCUGCUCCACCUCCUGAUGCCUUGUUCAUGCAUGAUCUGGAGGAAGAACACUUCUGAAAGCAAUGGGGCUGGAGCUUUUGCUUCCCUUUCCCUUCCAGCCUUCAGUAUCUACAGGGAAUGGUGGUGGGACUGGACACUUCUUGCCUUGGCUGAGGACUUUCUUUUAACUAAGAGACUCCUCCGUAGAUCCAAAUCUUGGGAGGGCUCUUUUUUUGGGCAGGAUCCCUUCAGGUCUUUCUCCUCCUUACUGGGCUGUUUGGGGACAAACAUAGCGUCUCAGGGGUCAGUGGAGUGUAUCAGAGACUUGCAUAGAACCAGAAAUAAAGCAAUAAUUUAAUGUAACUUUUUCACUUUUCCCUUUUAUUUAAAAUUGCUCCCACCUUUUCUUUUUGUCUUGUUUUCCUCUGUCCUUGUCCCACUUCCCACACCGUCCCCUACUGAGGGGGUUGUAACACACAGAGGUGUGUUACUCUGAUGACAUUUUUAUCCCUGGAGGGAUUUUUUGUUCCUCUCCUUCCACAUGUUCUCAGUUGGGGUGCAAAAUACUCCGAAGGUAGAGAGGAGAGGCUUGCCAGCAGGUCCUCAGCACUUUCCUCUGAGCUACCACAGUGGAGUGCUCAGUGCCUCUGUGUGCAUGUCUCUGGAUUUCUCAUCAAAUCCAUUAAAUCCAGGCCCCACACCUCCCAUUUUUUGAAAGCAGGUGAUAACAGUUUCAAAACCAUACAGACAGCAUGACUGCAGGUGUCUGUUCUGAU